UGCUCGGAUGAUACGGAUGAAGCUGGUUGUCCACAACCUACUUGUGAGGGAAAUCAGUUUCAGUGUCGGUCUGAUGGUGAAUGUAUCCCACAGUCAUGGGUUUGUGAUGAUGAGGAAGACUGUGAAGAUGGCUCAGAUGAGCAUCAACAAUGUCCGGGAAGGACAUGCUCAAGUCAACAGUUCACGUGUUCAAAUGGACAGUGUAUCCCGAGCGCAUACUGGUGCGAUCGAGUAAAGGACUGCACUGAUGGAACAGAUGAAAGAGUCUGCCACUAUCCAAGAUGUGACCAGUUAUCAUGUGCAAAUGGAGCAUGUUUUAAUGCGAGCCAGCGAUGUGAUGGCAAAGUUGAUUGCAGAGAUUCUUCUGAUGAAGCUAAUUGCACACAUCGAUGUACGGGUACACAGUUUCAGUGUGCUAAUGGAGAAUGCAUCCCACAAGCCUUUAUCUGUGACCAUGAUGAUGACUGUGGAGAUAGGAGUGAUGAAAACUCUUGCACUUAUGCAACUUGCAGAGGCAACUUUUUCACUUGUCCAAGUGGCCGUUGCAUUCAUCAGAGCUGGAUAUGUGAUGGAGAUGAUGAUUGUGAAGAUAAUGAAGACGAAAAAGGAUGCGAAAGUGGUCGCCAUGAAUGCUACCCAGGAGAGUGGGCUUGCCCUGCAUCAGGGCAUUGCAUUCCAAUUGGGAAAGUGUGUGAUGGGGCUGUGGACUGCCCUUCAGGAGAAGAUGAAACUAACAUCACUGCGGGCAGACAUUGCAACAUAUCACACUGUGCUGCUUUGAGUUGCCAGUAUCGCUGUCAUUCUUCUCCAUCAGGAGGGAUGUGUUAUUGCCCUGCAGGAUAUACAAUAAGUAGCAAUGACAGUCGUACUUGUAUUGAUUUUGAUGACUGCAAAAUGUGGGGGGUCUGUGACCAGCUGUGUGAAGAUCGUGUGGGACAUCACCAGUGCCACUGUGUGGAAGGUUAUUUCCUAGAGCAUCAUCGGCAUUGUCGGGCCAACACUUCAGCUGGUGUUGCAUCGAUUAUUUUUUCCAAUGGCCGUGACUUACUGAUUGGAGAUCUCAAUGGAAGAAGUUUUCGUACUUUAGUGCAGUCGCAGAAUCGUGGGGUUGCAGUUGGAGUGGACUUCCACUUUUACCUGCACAGAAUCUUUUGGACUGAUACAGUGCAAGAUAAGGUGGGUAGAAAUUUCAAGAAUAUAUUUAUUUUUUUGUUUGUGGAAGUAGAGAACUGCAAGAGGCAGAAUGUGUUGAUAGGCCUUCAUUUUUGAGAGCAGAAGCUGGCUGUAUUUUUAUUUUCUAACAAAAAACUCCUUGAAAUGUUUUAUGUUAAUGACUGCAUUUUUCAAACUAUAGUAUUACAUGUGACAUAUUAAACAAAGAAUCCUAUUAUAUGGGAAUGUCUUGAGCAACUUUUAAUUUUACUUGAGAUGGAGUCCAAAAAACUAAUUAAGAGAAAUAGUAGACAUUCUUUCAAAACGGAACAAUUUUUUCUUGGUAAUUUUUUGAAACAUGAUCAUUUAAAAUGUAAAAGCUGUAUGCCUUCCAAGAUGAUAAAAAUCAGAUUUCUUCAUAUACUUCAAAUGGCACUGUA